UCGAAAUGUUUAGAAAAUGGUAUAUGAAAAGUUAAUUAUUUGUUAAGUGAUUAUGUCCUGGGUGUUUGGGUUGGUGGUUUGGGGUGGGGAGGAUGAAUUCACAGAUUCCUCACUUCUUAGACAUGAGUUUCUAGGGGUGACUGACAAAUAGUCCCACUGACCUGCAGGGAUUUUUUUCCCCUCAAAAUAUUGUCUGCCUCUGGAUUUAGUUAACCCUGGUAGAAAGGCAGCUGAUCUGUUGAGUCAAAAGUGGAGAAUAAGGAAGAUCAUCAAAAAAUAACUUCACCAAUAAUUCUAGAUUCUUCUCCCUUUCAUACUGAAGGAGCCAUGAGGAAAGAAAACCAGUCCUCUGUCCUGAAUUUCAUUCUUCUGGGAAUUACCAGCCAACAGGAGCAGGAAGAUGCCUUCUUCAUCCUCUUCCUGUUUAUUUACCCUAUCACAUUGAUUGGAAACCUGCUCAUUAUCUUAGCCAUUCGCUCUGAUGUUCGCCUUCACAACCCCAUGUACUUUUUCCUUGCCAACCUCUCCUUGGUUGACAUCCUUUUCUCGUCUGUAACCAUCCCUAAGAUGCUGGCAAACCACCUUGUGGGCAGCAAAGCCAUCUCCUUUGGAGGAUGCAUAACACAGAUGUACUUCAUGCUCGCUUUGGGUAACACAGAUAGCUAUAUCCUGGCUGCGAUGGCGUAUGACCGUGCUGUGGCCAUCAGCCGCCCUCUCCAUUACACAACAAUUAUGAGCCCAAAGUUUUGCAUCUUGCUUGUUGUUGGGUCUUGGGUGAUUGCAAAUGUCAAUACCCUCCCUCACGUUCUGCUCACAGCUAGUCUGUCCUUCUGUGGGAACCGGGAAGUGGCCAACUUCUACUGUGACAUUUCCUCUUUGCUCAAGUUGUCCUGUUCUGACACCCACUUUAAUGUGGAAAUGAUGUAUCUAGGGGUUGGUGUUUUCUGUGUGCCAUUAAUAUGUAUCAUUAUCUCCUAUAUCCGGGUCUUUGCCACUGUUCUACGGGUUCCAUCCACCAAGGGUGUGCUUAAAGCCUUUUCUACCUGUGGCUCCCACCUCACAGUUGUUUCUUUGUAUUAUGGGACAGUGAUGGGUAUGUACUUCCAUCCUCCGACCAGUCACAGCCUAAAGGAUGCAGUGAUAACUGUGAUGUACACAGCAGUGACUCCAAUGUUAAAUCCUUUCAUCUAUAGUCUGAGAAACCGAGACAUGAAGGCUACCUUGGGGAAACUCUUCAGCAAGAGAAUUUCCUCAUAACCAAUAUGAGGUCACACUUUGGGGAUGGCAGCCACCAUUAACCAUGCACAUAAGAGUCCAGCUCCAAUGUCAGCCCCUUCCAGGAGCCAUCAUUGAUUUUCUCAGUUAGAAAAUUCUUCUACUCAGAAAUCUUGUAAUAGCUUGAUAAG